GUGUCUUUCAGUAAGUAAUCCAACAUGGCUGCGCUCGUGGGUAUCCGUGCAUGCCUCUCCGCGCUCCAGCUCUCCUCCCCGAGUCUCCUGCACAGCUCCUACAAACUGUGUGCAGUUCCUCUCAGUCGGAGGAAUUUCGCUGCAGAGGCAAAGAGGGUGUUCUCCCGCGACAAACCUCACGUGAACAUCGGUACCAUCGGUCACGUGGACCACGGGAAGACCACGCUCACCGCCGCCAUCACCAAAGUGCUGGCCGAGGCUGGUGGAGCGCGCUAUAAGAAGUAUGAGGACAUUGAUAACGCUCCCGAGGAGAAAGCCAGAGGAAUCACAAUCAACGCCUCACAUGUGGAGUACACAACCGCUAACAGGCACUAUGCUCACACUGACUGUCCUGGGCACGCUGACUACGUCAAGAACAUGAUCACGGGCACGGCUCAGCUGGACGGCUGUAUCCUGGUGGUGGCAGCGACCGACGGUCAGAUGCCGCAGACACGUGAGCACCUGCUGCUGGCUCGGCAGAUCGGCGUGCAGCACGUGGUGGUGUACGUGAACAAAGCGGACGCCGUGGACGACCCUGAACUCCUGCAGCUGGUCGAGCUCGAGAUCCGAGAGCUGCUCAGCGAGUUCGGCUACGACGGAGACAACACGCCUGUCAUCUGUGGCUCCGCCCUCUGCGCCCUGGAGAACCGGCAGCCUGAGCUGGGAGUGAACUCCAUCAUGAAGCUGUUGGAGGUGGUGGAUGAGUACAUCCCUCUACCCAGGAGAGAUCUGGAUAGACCCUUCCUGCUGCCUAUUGAGGGAGUCUACUCCAUACCAGGCCGGGGUACGGUGGUGACGGGCACUCUGGAGAGAGGAGUGAUUAAAAAAGGAGAUGAGUGUGAGUUUGUGGGACACAACCGCUCUGCCAAGUCAGUUGUUACAGGUAUCGAGAUGUUCCAUCAGUCUCUGGACCGUGCUGAGGCAGGGGAUAACCUGGGCGCGCUGGUGCGUGGUAUGAAGAGGGAGGACAUGAGGCGAGGUGUGGUGAUGUGUAAACCCGGCUCCGUCCAGCCUCAUCAGAAAAUCAAAGCUCAGGUGUACAUACUGAGUAAAGAGGAAGGCGGCAGACACAAGCCGUUCGUCACCAACUUCAUGCCCGUCAUGUUCUCUCUCACCUGGGACAUGGCCUGCAGGAUCCAGCUCCCCGAGGGCAAGGAGAUGGUGAUGCCGGGUGAAGACACGUCCCUCACUCUGACCCUCAGACAGCCCAUGGUGUUGGAGAAAGGUCAGAGGUUCACGCUGAGGGACGGGAACAAGACCAUCGGCACGGGGCUCGUCACCGACAUCCUGCCCACUACACCUGAAGACCAGCACAACUGGGGCUGAGACCGAGAGAGGAGGGGGGAGGAGGGGGGAGGA